CCCUCUCGGCACUCCGUAGUUGCACAAAGCGUUUUCGGACAUGUUUACGGUUUAAGCUUUGUUUUGGAGCCAUUAUGCAUUACAGUAUUAGAUAGCUGUAGAGGUUGCACACUUACAAUUUAUUGUUGUAGUUAGUUUAACGCCAGUAGAUUCGACCAAAAUGAGUGACUUGGUAGAUUCCCUGAUCAAAGAGGGCUGGUACCUCACAGAUGAAGGCAUCGAAGAGCUGAAGGGAUCUGCUGAGAAACUGACCCACAGUGACAUCAUUCACGUUGCACUGGAUACGGAUCUUAGGCCUAUCGGAAGCAAGAUUUUACCAUCUGAUAUCAACAGUGGAAAAACAGAGAAGCUGGAGGGCCCAUGUGUUCUCCAGGUACAAAAGGUGAGAAACAUCUCAGCCCCCAAAGACAACGAGGAGUCCCAGGGUGCACCGCGGAUGCUGCGCCUACAGAUGACAGAUGGGCACACCACCUGUGUCGGAUUGGAGUUUAAACAUCUGUCCAAGAUUAGUCUGAAUACACCCCCCGGAACAAAGGUGAAGCUUCUUGGUACAGUCCAGGUUAAAAAUGGUUGUUUGCUUCUUGAAGAUUCAAACAUCUUAGUCCUUGGAGGAGAAGUUGAGCACAUGGUGGAGAAAUGGGAGCUCCAAAGGAGUUUGGCAAAACACAGCAGGAGCAACAUCGGAGCAGAAGGGGGCCCACCUCCCUUUGUACCAUUUGGUCAGAAGUGUGCCCGGAAGGACGAGGUAGACAGCAGAGAACUGGACCAGAGGAAAACCCUCCAGACGCAGAAUGUGGUCAAGAGUCCCGACGAGAACGACGAGUUUGAAAAGCAGCGAACAGCGGCGAUCGCCGAGGUGGCCAAGACAAAAGAGGGUCCCCGCAGCUUUGGUGGCGGCGGGAAUGCGGGCAGUAAUUUAUCCAACGCUGCCUCCUCUUCCCGAAGCAGAGAUGCCAACCAGCAAAGGAGACGUGAAGACAAAUUUGAAAAGACAGAAAGCAGACCAGAGGGAAACUACAGAGAGCUGGUGGACGAACGUGCUCUGAGAGACCUCAUGGAAAUGGGCUUUGACAGAGAGGCAGCUCGACAAGCUCUGCUGGAUAAUAACAACAAUGUUGAAGUGGCUCUAAACAGUCUACUGACCGGAAGUUCUGGUGGCCGACCCGGCUCUACGGUGGCUGAAUCAAACAAGUCCCAACCCAGAGGAAGAGGAAAGGGAAGAGGCAGAUCCAGAAACGAAGACGAGGAUGAUGGGGUUGGAGGAAGACCUUCUGGUCCAAGCACUCUGUUUGACUUUCUGGAAUCCAAAAUGGGGGCUUUCUCUGUGGAUGAUACAAAGAGUCAGACACAGCUGAGGAACCAUGAGAGCAAAGCAAGUUUCUCCAACACAAGCUACCACACCAAAGAGCAUUCUCAGCCCAGGUUUUCCUCACACUAUGAACACAAAUCACAAAGGAACGACAGGCCGCCAAGAUUUAACAAAGACACAGAUUUUCCUAAACCAGGCCAGGAGCACAUCCCUAACCUAAUGAGCUGUCCAACGUCAGCUCCAUCUCAGCAGUGGAGGAGCCAGGAGAGGUGGCCGCGAGGAAUACCAGAUCAAGCGGUUAAUGACAGGAGACAGACAAGAGAUGAUCAGACCGUUAGCUCUACCACUUUGCCAAAGCACUCAGAAGAACCUCAGCAGAAGUUGGAGUUUAAUGGAUCUUACCACCAACAAUCCAGAAAUAGAGAAGGCGGCUCAAAUACGUCUGGGUUGUCUCAAAAAAGAGGGAUGAAAAACGACGGACCCUCACCUAAACCAAGUCAUUCUGCAGGAAAUGAUGCAGAUGGAAGAGGAAACAAUAAAGAAGCCAACAACAGCAGGAGGAAGCCAAAGGUUGACCGGCAAAACUCGGACCACUUUGACAGACAAAGAAAUAGUGGCCAGUCCAACUUUAAUUCAAAAGGAGGGAGCUGGGGGACUCAGGAAGGAGGAUUUCCACAAACUCUUUGCUCGUUGACAGGGGUUCCUUCUCAUUUUCAAAACGGAGAAUUAGAACAUAAAAGAACUGGACCAAUUAAGCCUGGAAACAUGCCCUGUACUCCAAACAGGGAGCAGCUACCCAGAAGAAAUAUGCCUCAAAACUCGGGACCGAAGAGAAGACCGGGCCAAGGUAAAGGUCAAGGCCCUCGGGGACCAGACAGGAAUCAAAUCCCAGAACAUGGAUGGAAACCCGGAGACCAGUGUCUGGCGCUGUACUGGGAAGACGGCAAAUUCUACCAUGCAAGAAUAGACGCAGUGCAUCCAUCUGGCUCCACAGCUGUGGUUGUGUUCAGUGACUAUGGAAAUUGUGAGGAGGUCCUCCUGGAGAACAUCAAACCUGUGUCUGCUGACAUGUUGGAGGAAGAUGACAGCUUCUACGACAGUUCACUAGAGUUUCGCCGUGGGGGAGAUGGACAGCCGAGACGAACGAGGCCCACGCAGCAGUACUACCAGCCCCCCAGGGCGCGUGAUUGAAGUGUCUGUGUUUUUACCUGCGCCGGUGAACAAAUGAAAAUUGGCCUUUCGUUUUCACAGAAAAUGUUUUGUUUUGAGAACUGUUAUGCAUUUCUCCGGCUCUGUUGGAGAACGUGCGCGAUGUGUCCCGGUAACGUUGAGGAUUCGUUUCUCAGUGACUGGCAUUUCUGUCAGCUUGCAUCAUAAUUGUCUCCUGCAUUGGCAUUUUACAUAACAAAGUGGUUUUGGCUCAUUUUCCCUUUUAGUGCAAUUUAAUACAAAACAUAUUUGCGGGGUUUAACUGAGGUUACGAGGAUCCCAUGAUGCCAUAAACAUGAAGAGAAAACAUCAGGACUUUUGUCAAUCCUUUUGUUUUUUGCUUGCUUGUCCUUCAUCCCAACACCUCCUGCAACAAUCCAGAGUGCUUCCUUUAUUUUUGUCGUCCACAUAAUCAGGACAGAAUGUCUCAAAGGGCUUGCACAUGAUGCUGUAAUAAAAGAACUGACAUGAGCUCCUGUAUUAUUUGGGGAAGAUCAUCUAUUUGUUGUGAAAAUUUGUUAAAUGGAUGCAUUGAAAUAAAUGACUAAAACCUACCAAG